UGGAUAGGAGCACUUGGAAACUAGCUAUCAACGUGCCUGAACCAUGACCUUUGUGUCUUUUGGGUUUCAUCUCUAGCCUACCCCAACUCGCUUGGGACAAAAGGCUAUGUUGUUGUUGUUGUUGUAUUUAUUAUAUUGUUGUAAGGGCCUCAGUUCUUCCUCACGUUGGAUCUUAUAUUUUUGCACAAAACACUUUUUUUUCUUGUUUGGUUUUGGAUAGACUGCAAAUUGUCAGCUUGGGCAGUAGAUUUUGAGUAGUUAACGUGUCGUUGUUGUUUUGAUCGGUUAAGCUAUUGGUUUCCUGGUGAUUGAAUAGUAGUUUCAUGAAAUUCUGAUUCGAUAAUUAGUUUAUUCAGUUGUUGUACUAGUGGAGAAUGGCAAACUGAGUGCUAUUGUGGCUUACAAGAUUGUGGUUGAAAGUUCUAGCUUGCAGGGUUUCCACGAAUGGUGCUGACAAUUUCAUUGUGUUUGUGUAAAUCUUAAUUGGCAAUUAUUUUAAUGCUUGUCUUAAAACUUUUAUUAUCGCGGUUUUGUUUCAUUUGACUUCAAGAUUGAAUGUUUAAUGUUUCAACUGGAUAUUUGCACUACACAUAUACAAUAACAACAACAACAACAUAGCCUUUUGUUGUUGUUGUUGUAUAUGUGUAGUGCACUACACAUAUAUGGAGAAAUAUUCUUACUGCAUUUCUUGUAAAUUCUGCAUUUGGUUUAUGUUGUGAUUAUUCUCCUUGUUUUUUAUCAUGAAACUAAUAAAUAGCUUAUUUGAGCCUCCAAGUGAAUUCUUGAAUGACAUACUUGCUUAACAUUGCUUACAUUCAGAUGAUACGGGCAAAGAAACUGAAAGUGGUUCGGAGAAGCUUGCUGCACCAAGGCCUCCUGCGACUCGGUCCUCGUAGCUGGAGGAGAUGAAGGAUCCUUUCAAACUGCAAACUAAUGUUGGUUGCUCUGACAAUGAUGAAAAUGAUGAAAACUACAUCGAUUCAGAAUACGGUGAAUAUAUUGAUGAUGAGGAUAUCAGUGAUGAGGAUGAUAGUGAGACUUCAGAUGAAGAUGAUGAUGCAAACUUUCCAAUGAAUGCUAAGGACAAGAAUAGGGCAACAGAAACACCCUUGAAGACACCUCCAAAGAAGAAGGCCGGGAUGACAACUCCAUCUAAGGGCAACAAUACUUGGCACUGGUACAAGAAGUGUCUAUGCCCAUGUGGCCACCCCUUAUCCAUCCAAGUACGUGAAGAACCUGCAUUGCUCAAAAGGCGUACACCUACAACCAGUGACAAGCCUAUGCAGCCUGCUGCGAAUCUUGCAGCAGGACUUUCAGCUCCUACAUCGCUCUGAAGCAUAAGCGUAGUGCUCAUAAAUGAGCUGGAGUAUUUUCUGCAGAAACCUGGCUUGCGUAUCUUGGGCACUUGGCUUAACUAGGGGUGGAUGUUAGGUAACUGAAUUCUGAUGCUGGACUGCAUGUAAGGAAGUCCGCUUCUCUCGUGUUGAGUACUGAAUGCGAUGACAACAUCAUGUUUUUGGUACUUUGGAACAUGGUUCACGCUACUCACGGUCGAUAUGAUCAUUCUCCAUUGCAAGCCA